AUGCGACUCUCCCCCCCUCCCUCGCCGUCCACCUCCUCCGAUGAGGAGUCCUUUGCGUCCACGGCAGCUACGACCCGCUCGCCAUCGCCCAAGCUCGACGCCCUGGGCGGCGCCGGCCUUCCCUCGCCGUUUUACCCCCCGACCCUGGCCCGUCAGCACAGUCCUGACCACCUGCGCCACAGGUUUCCCCUGCUCCCGUCGACGAGCAACCUCCCCCUCGAGGCCGACUCGGCGACCAAGGGCACGCCCGACGAGUGGAUCCCGCGCGACGAGGCCCUCGUGCGCCUCACCGGCCGGUUCCCGUUGAACUGCGAGCCGUCGCUGCCCGACCUGUGGGCCGCCGGGUUCCUCACGCCGACUCGCCUUCACUACGUCCGCAACCACGGCGUCGUUCCGCGCGUCACGGCCGACGAGGGCCUCAAUUGGACGCUAGACGUCGGCGGCCUGUGUGAGCGACCCUGCACCCUCACGCUCGCCGACCUCGUCGACCCGCGCAAGUUCAAGACGGUCACGCUCCCCGUCACGCUCGUGUGCGCGGGCAACCGCCGCAAGGAGCAGAACGUUGUCCGCAAGUCGCUCGGCUUCUCAUGGGGCCCGGCGGGCCUCUCGACGGCGCUCUACACGGGCGUCUACCUCGCCGACGUCCUCGACUACGUGCGCCCACGCGCCGAGGGCCAGUUCGGCGAGCCGGGCUACCGUCGACCGGAGCACGUCAUCUUCGAGGGCGCCGAGGACCUGCCCAACGGCAAGUACGGCACGAGCCAGCGCCUGCGCGCCGCGCGGCAGAAGGAGAAGGGCAUGCUCCUCGCGUGGGCCCACAACGGCCAGGCGCUCGAGCCCGACCACGGGUUCCCGCUCCGCCUCGUCGUACCAGGCCAGAUCGGCGGGCGCAGCGUCAAGUGGCUCAAGAAGAUCGAGAUCUCGGACAACGAGUCGCAGCACUACCUCCACUUCUGGGACAACAAGGUCUUGCCGACUACGCUCACCGGCGAGGAGGCUCGCGAGCAACGAGACUGGUGGCACGACCCCAAGUACAUCAUCAACGACCUCAACGUCAACGCCGCCAUCGCUCGUCCCGCUCACGACGAGCAGCUCGUCGUCGCCUCAACUUCUCCCGCCCCCUCGAACGACUCGCCCUCGCCUUUACCCGGGCAGCACUACGUCGUCGAGGGCUACGUCUAUGCCGGCGGCGGUCGUCGGGUCACGCGCGUCGAGGUCACGCUCGACGACGGCGCCUCGUGGUCGCUCGCGCAGCUCUCGUACCCCGAGGACGCGUACCGGCGUGUCCAGUUCGAGAACAAGAAGGUGUGGGGCUCGUUCGACAUGCACGAGCGCGACGAGUCGUUCUGCUGGGCGUUCUACAAGCUCGAGGUCGCCGUCGACAAGCUCGCCGACUCGAGUUGCGUCGCCGUGCGGGCCAUGGACGAGAGCCUGCACCUCAUGGGCAAGACGAUGUACUGGAACCCGACCGGCAUGAUGAACAACUGGUGGUUCCGCGUCGUCAUUCACCGCUCGAUCAACAAGGCGGGCGAGACCGUCCUCCGCUUCGAGCACCCGACCAUGCCCGGCCUGCAGCCCGGCGGCUGGAUGCAGCGCCUCAAGGACGACGGCCUCGAUCCCGCCGAGCCGACCUUCACCGAGAAGUCGUCGUCGUCCCAGCACGAGCCGGUCGCCCGUGUCGUCGCACUCAAGCCGCCGUCCGUCAUGAUCAAGCCGGGCGUCGACCGCAAGAUCACGCUCGCCGAGCUCAAGGCGCACAACACCGACAGCGAGCCGUGGUUCGUCGUCGAGGGCCAGGUCUACGACGGCGCGCCGUUCCUCAAGGAGCACCCGGGCGGCGCCGAGAGCAUCACGAUCGUCGCCGGCGAGGACGCGACCGAGGACUUUAUGGCGGUCCACUCGAUCGACGCGCGCAAGCGCCUCGCCGACUUCCACAUCGGCACGCUCGUCGUCGACGAGGCGCCAGCACCUGUCGGCGUCGCCGCCGCCGUCACCGCCGCCGCCGCCGCCGCACCUCUCGACCCGACCUUCCUGUCCAAGUCCAAGUGGAAAGGCGCCAAGCUCGUCUCGAUCGACUACGUCAACCACGACUCGCGCAUCUACCGCUUCGCCCUCGAGCACCCGCAGCAGCCGCUCGGGCUCCCCGUCGGGCAGCACGUCUACGCGCGACUGCGGCGCAAGGCCGGCCGAGCAGACGGCGGCCCGCCGAGCGACGGGCCGCCGCUCGAGGGCGAGCUCGUGCAGCGCGCCUACACGCCGGUAUCUCGUCAAGGAGCCGAGGGCUUCCUCGACCUGCUCAUCAAGGUCUACUUCCGCACCUCGGCGUACCCUCAAGGUGGCAAGAUGUCGCUCGGGUUCGAGGAGCUGCAGGUCGGCGACGUCGUCGAGUUCAAGGGCCCGCUCGGCUCGUUCGAGUGGCUCGGCAAGGGCACGUGUAAGUGGCGCGGCGUCGAGCGCAAGGUGACCAAGGUCGGCAUGAUCUGUGGCGGUUCCGGCAUUACGCCAAUCCUGCAGGUGCUUCGCGGCAUCGUCCAUGACCCGCACGACGCGACGACGACGGUGCACGUUCUCAACGCCAACAAGACCGAGGCCGACAUCCUCAUGCGCGCCGAGCUCGACGAGCUCGAGAAGGUCGCCGGCUCGACCCGGUACGCGCAGCACCUCGUCCUGUCGCAAGGUCCCGACGACUGGCCGUCGUCGCGCGGUCGAAUCGGGCGCGAGCACCUCGAGCGACACCUCCCGCCACCCGCCAAGGACGCCCUCGUCCUCAUGUGUGCGCCUCCGGCCAUGCAGGACAUGGUGUCGACCCACCUCGCCGAGCUCGGCUGGGACUUGUCGACCCAGGUCGUCGUGUUCUGAGCGGGUCCCUCUUCCUCCU